AACUGCCAAGGCCUAAAACAUCUGGUCGGCAGUACACUUCAUUCCAACGCCAUCACCCCAACCGUUAACAACUACUAAAAAUAAAGAUUUGUUUAAACUUAGCCGCUUUUUAGCCUUAUCAGUGCAACAUGAGUGAAGAAGAGGCACCCGCUGGAGGUGAGGAGUCUCCUGGAGGUGAGGCGGCAGCCCCCCCACCAGAAGCAACCACUCCUGAGCCCGUUGACACCACCACCGCUGGGGCCCGGAUGUUGAUGCACCACCCGUGGAUGACCGCUGCCGCAGUGGCCCUUUAUGCCACCAGGGUCAUGUGGGUCAAGUUCCGGGAACUCGGUCUGGCGAAACAGAAAAAGCGGCUCAAGGACCAGCAGGCCAAGUCGAAGUCUCUGAAGGACGACGUAGAAGACGUCUCCGACACUGAUGAAGACGACGAGGAGGACGACGAUGAGCCCGCUGGUCAAAGCAUUGAAGAAGUCAAUGUUGGAAUGCUGCCCAAUCCGGCGUUAAUUGACGAUCUGGACAUGAGCCACCGGCGCAUAGAAGUACCGAUCGCUAACAUUUGAUGCUCGAACCGGGGAUGAAGGACCUAGUACACUACACAAUCACAAACACACAGAACAAGGACACAUUCUUGUUGUAAUGCUUGCGAUUAAGGGGAGGAUUCUUAAGCAACGUUGGAAUUCAAACACCAUUUAGGGGGCCACAAAUUGUUCGUUUUAAUGCAUUUUUCAAAAUUCUUGUAAAUCAUUUCGGUACUUUAAUCAAGUUUUAUAUUUUGCAUUUCAAUUCUACGGUGUAUAAUAAAGCUAAAUUAUAUGGAA